UAAAAUGACGAUUCGAUGAUCUUUAUUUAGUAUUGUUAAAAUGGAAUUUAAAUAGAAUUGUGUGUCAUCUACUUUAUGUUUAAAAACAGCCAUGAAUUGGUACAUUCGUUGAUAUUGACAAAUUAUAAGUUUUGUACUAGUACGUUGAGUGUUCAGUAUAUUACCAAAAUGACAGGAUGAUGCAGUAGCAGGAUAUAUAAAAAGACAAUGAACAAAAAAGAGAAUGAACGGAUUUAUAAGUAAAAACCCCAUUUAUCAACAACGUCUUUACAUCAUUAAUAGAAGCGGAAGUGGGGAUGCUAGUUUCCUCUUAUUAACUCAUGACAAGUCGGAAAUACAGAACUAUCAAGUCAAGACUGAUCACUGGAGCGCAUCUACAGGAGUUUCAAACUUUGGAGUAGCAGUCCAUAAGAACUUUUUGUACAUAAUAGGAGGGUUUGAUAUAAAUAAGGCUGUCGCCAUCAGAAAAGUUUCUAGGUAUGACCCGUUAUCAGGAAUUUGGGUAGAUCGAACACCUCUUAUUGCAGCUAGACAAAAGUUUACAGUUUCAGUAUUUGAAAAUAAAAUAUUUGUUAUAGGUGGCGAAGGGGACGAUGGGAAAGUUUUGUCUUUCUGCGAAAUUUACAAACCGGAAGACGAUAUAUGGGAAGAAGGACCCAAACUAAUAUCCCCACGUUCUAAUCUGUGUAGUGUUGUUUAUCAAAAUGAUAUUUAUUGCGCUGGUGGGUGCUAUGGAGGGAAAUGUCACAAAAGUUUCUGGGUUUUUGAAAAGAAUAAAUGGAAAGAGUUAGAUCGUGAUUAUCCUCAAAGAUUGCCUCAUGGCUUGGAUAGAUUUAGUUUUGUAUCCCAUGGACGAAACCUGUAUUUUAUUGGAGGAGUAUCCUCAAAAAUGGAAAAGGCCAGCAAUAAAUAUAGAUUUAUGACAGAGAGGAGGAUGCAUUCAUACACUACGAGUGUGUCUGCUUUAAGUAGAACAGAACAUGGAACCGAUAUUGUUGGUGAAAUGAUUUCUCCCUGGCAUAACCAGUUACCAGCAAUGACUUAUGGGAGACACAGCGCUGGUGCUAUAGUAAUAGGAGAUAGAAUCUACGUAUUUGGAGGCUCAUUAAUGGAAACAGGACAGGCUGUUCGUAUUGUUGAAUACUACAGUAUAUCACGUGGUCAGUGGCAAGAAGACUUCAGGUUCCGAAAAGGAGACGUUUCAAAUGUUACUUGUGCAAUAUUAGAGGUUCCUACUAAAUUAGAGGAGGAAAAUCUAAAUGAAAAACUGCGAUGGGUAAUGUGGUAGUACUACGCAUGACUAAUUUAGAUGCGUGUGUUCAAUUUAUACUCGGAAACAUAUAUUUUGCGUCAUUUAGAUCCUUACAAAAAAUAAAAAAAAAUAAAACAUUUUGUCAUAAUGACAAACAGUAACAGGAUAAUUUCAUUUUUGGUUGUUGGUUUUGUAUUUUAAAUUUUGUUCUACAUAUAUUUGAAUCGUUUUUACAAGUUAUAUAUAAAUACUUCACAU